GCGGGGCAUGGUCCCGGCGCCGGGGCCGGUGGCGGCGGCGCGGAGCGGGCGCGGAGCGGUGGCAUGCGGCGCGGAGACAUGCGGCUGUGCCUGCGCUCUGCCCCGCCGACAUGGACCGCCGCCGCCGCCUGCCGCCACCGCCGCCGCCGCUGCUGCUGCUCCUCCCGCUGCUGCUGCUGCUGCUGCUCCGCGCCGCGCUCGGCGCUGCCGGCCGUCUGAGCGCCCGCCCCGGCAACGAAGUUAAUCUGCUGGAUUCAAAAACAAUUCAAGGGGAGCUGGGCUGGAUCUCCUACCCGUCACAUGGGUGGGAAGAGAUCAGCGGUGUUGACGAGCAUUACACUCCGAUCAGGACUUACCAAGUGUGCAAUGUCAUGGAUCACAGCCAGAACAAUUGGCUGCGGACGAACUGGAUCCCGCGCAACUCGGCUCAGAAGAUCUACGUGGAGCUCAAGUUCACCCUGAGGGACUGCAACAGCAUCCCCCUGGUGCUGGGCACCUGCAAAGAGACCUUCAACCUUUAUUACAUGGAGUCUGACGACGACCACUCGGUCAAGUUCAAGGAGCACCAGUUUACAAAGAUCGACACCAUCGCGGCCGACGAGAGCUUCACGCAGAUGGACCUGGGCGACCGAAUCCUCAAGCUGAACACGGAGAUCCGUGAGGUGGGGCCCAUCAGCAGGAAGGGCUUCUACCUGGCUUUCCAGGACGUGGGCGCCUGCGUGGCCUUAGUGUCGGUGCGGGUCUACUUCAAGAAGUGCCCUUUCACCGUCAAGAACCUGGCCAUGUUCCCAGACACGGUGCCCAUGGACUCCCAGUCGCUGGUGGAGGUGAGGGGCUCCUGUGUCAACCACUCCAAGGAGGAGGAGCCCCCCAAGAUGUACUGCAGCACGGAGGGAGAGUGGCUGGUGCCCAUCGGGAAGUGCUUGUGCAACGCUGGCUACGAGGAGAGAGGCUUUGCCUGCCAAGCCUGUCGAGCUGGGUUCUACAAAGCCUCUGCUGGCAAUGUGAAGUGUGCCAAAUGCCCCCCUCACAGUUCCACCUACGAAGAUGCAUCUCUGAACUGCAGGUGUGAAAAGAAUUACUUUCGCUCUGAGAAAGACCCUCCAUCCAUGGCUUGCACCAGACCACCCUCCGCCCCGAGAAACGUCAUCUCCAACAUCAACGAGACCUCGGUGAUCCUGGACUGGAGCUGGCCCCUGGACACGGGGGGCAGGAAGGACGUCACCUUCAACAUCGUCUGCAAGAAGUGCUCGGGGGGCGGGCGGCUGUGCGAGCCCUGCAGCGACAACGUGCGCUUCCUGCCGCGCCAGAGCGGCCUCACCAACACCACCGUCACCGUGGUGGACCUGCUGGCACACACCAACUACACCUUCGAGAUCGACGCGCUCAACGGCGUCUCCGACCUGAGCGCCCUGUCCCGGCAGUUCGCUGCUGUCAGCAUCACCACCAACCAGGCUGCUCCAUCCCCCAUCACAGUCAUAAGGAAGGACAGGACAUCCAGGAACAGCGUGUCCCUCUCCUGGCAGGAGCCCGAGCAUCCCAACGGGAUCAUCUUGGACUACGAGGUCAAAUACUAUGAAAAGCAGGAACAAGAGACAAGCUAUACAAUUCUGAGAGCCAGGGGCACCAACGUGACCAUCAGUGGCCUCAAGCCUGACACCACCUAUGUCUUCCAAAUCCGAGCCAGGACCGCAGCUGGAUACGGCACCAGCAGCCGCAAGUUUGAGUUUGAGACCAGCCCAGACUCCUUCUCCAUCUCCAGUGAGAACAGCCAGGUGGUGCUGAUUGCCAUUUCAGCAGCAGUGGCCAUCAUCCUCCUCACCGUGGUGGUGUAUGUCCUGAUUGGGAGAUUCUGUGGAUACAAAAAGUCUAAACAUGGCACUGAUGAGAAAAGGCUGCAUUUUGGGAAUGGCCACUUAAAACUCCCAGGUCUGAGAACUUAUGUAGAUCCACACACAUAUGAGGAUCCCAACCAAGCUGUGCAUGAGUUUGCCAAGGAACUGGAUGCUUCCAAUAUAUCCAUUGAUAAAGUAGUUGGAGCAGGAGAAUUUGGAGAAGUGUGCAGUGGACGCCUGAAGCUGCCUUCUAAAAAGGAAAUUUCAGUGGCCAUCAAAACCCUGAAAGUUGGCUACACAGAGAAGCAGAGGAGGGACUUCCUGGGAGAAGCCAGCAUCAUGGGCCAGUUUGACCACCCCAACAUCAUCCGGCUGGAGGGAGUCGUCACUAAAAGUAAACCAGUUAUGAUUGUUACUGAAUAUAUGGAAAAUGGCUCCUUGGACAGCUUCCUACGAAAGCAUGAUGCCCAGUUCACAGUCAUCCAGCUGGUGGGCAUGCUUCGAGGGAUCGCAUCUGGCAUGAAGUACCUGUCGGAUAUGGGCUACGUCCAUCGGGAUUUGGCUGCUCGUAACAUCCUCAUCAACAGCAACCUGGUCUGCAAAGUCUCAGAUUUUGGUCUCUCUCGUGUGCUGGAGGAUGACCCAGAAGCUGCUUACACCACAAGGGGGGGCAAGAUUCCCAUCCGAUGGACGUCUCCAGAAGCCAUCGCCUAUCGGAAGUUCACCUCAGCCAGCGACGCCUGGAGCUAUGGGAUUGUCCUCUGGGAGGUGAUGUCUUAUGGGGAGAGACCCUACUGGGAGAUGUCCAACCAGGAUGUGAUUAAGGCUGUGGAUGAAGGGUACCGCUUGCCACCUCCCAUGGACUGCCCAGCUGCCUUGUAUCAGCUGAUGCUGGACUGCUGGCAGAAGGACAGAAACAACAGACCCAAGUUUGAGCAGAUUGUCAGCAUCCUGGAUAAGCUGAUCCGUAAUCCCAGCAGUCUGAAAAUAAUCACCAACGCGGCGGCAAGGCCAUCAAAUCUCCUCCUGGACCAAAGCAGCGUUGACAUCUCAGCCUUCCGCACCGCGGGCGAUUGGCUCAACGGAUUCCGGACAGGGCAGUGCAAGGACAUCUUCACUGGGGUGGAGUACAGCUCCUGUGACACCAUAGCCAAGAUUUCCACAGAUGACAUGAAGAAAGUUGGUGUUACGGUGGUGGGCCCUCAAAAGAAGAUUGUCAGCAGUAUCAAAGCUCUAGAAACUCAUACAAAGAACAGCCCUGUUCCUGUGUAAGGUACCAAAAUGAUGUUGCUCAGGAGAGGAAAACAAAAAAGGAGCAAAGUUGCAUCGCAGGUGAAAAGUGAUGGCUGACAAACGGCAGAAUUUAAAGGAGAUCUUGGCAACAGCUUGGGAAACGCAAUGUUGAAAUUUCAUACCCACAAGACACUCAAAUACUGAGUAUAAAUGCCUUAAAAAUAGGAGCAAACUUGUUUUCUAUCUGUUAAUCCUAAAGGGUGGGUGCUCUUGACUGACUGUUAAUGCAGAUAGUAAAUAUCAAAAGAAAAAAAAAACAUGUGAAAAAUCCUUCCAAGUAAAAACCAGUGUUACUAAAACUUAGAGCCAUUUGAAUAUUAAGUGACUGAAUAACAGAAAAAAACCAUGGACAUAAAAGCUGUGUAUUUGAUCUAUACAGCAAACAAGAAGAAAGAAAGACUUGCAGUAUUUUUAUACAGAAGAGAUCUGUAACAGGUAUUUUAUUUCUUUAAAAGCAAGGAAAAUAGAGGACUAUACCUCACAACCUGUCUGGCCAUAUUUACUAUAAUGUCAUUGUAACAUGCUAUUUCAGCUUCAGGAAGGAACACAGAAAUAAAGUUUGUAGUGACUUUGAGUUAGUUGACAAAAGAUUUUCACCAUUAUGUUAGCUUCCCUAACUGUGUUCAUUUAAAUAGAAACAAGUCUUAAUUUUUAAAAGGCUUAUUUAUUUUCUUGGUUUGUUUUUUUUUCCAUUAUUGUUUAUAUUUAUGCUUAAAUACCUUAACCUGGCUGUAUUAUUGCCAAGUGCCAAAUGUUAUCCAAAUUUCAUUGGUUCAACCUGAGAAAUUAUCUGAGAGUUAGUUAUAGAUAAUUUCAUACUCGUAGCAUCAUGCAUGAAAUACAGAAGGAAAGAAAGGUGUUUUUUUCCCAGCACUGACACAAUGAAAAGAAUCUGGACUUUUUUUGGCAAAUGAGAUUUCUUCCAUUUGCUGUGGGUGGUGUUUUCAACCAGGCUGGGGUUUUGUCAGUGGUGUGUGCAUUGAUCUUUAGAUCAUGAUCUGCCCCAAACAGGACAUCCCAUUUCUUACCCCAGGGCUGCUUUCUUGUCACAAUAAUCUCCUUUUUCUGGGGUGGUGUUCAGGUGAGAGAUCUGCCAAGAAAAUAGAAAAGAGGGCCAGGGUUUGUUGCAUCCUGCUUUAACUGAUGAUGCUUUUUGAGUUCCCUGGGAAGUGACCCUUGUUUAAAGGGAUGACUUGAGCUGUGGGGAGAGGCUUUGGUGUGGAAGUUUACUGAGCUAGAAACCCCCCUGUAGAGGCACUGCCAUCCUGUAGGGGACCUGAAUUUUUGGCACAGCUUCAGUGGGCUACCUGUUCCUUGAAAGAAAGCAGAAGGGAGCCCAAGUGUAGGAGAACAUUCACAUCUCUCAUUGGAAAAAGGAGACUGGAAGGUGGAUUUUGGGGGCCCUCCACCAUUUUUAGCAUCUUCCAAAGAGCUUCCCAACUCCUAAGUUUUUGUUCUGGAGCACAUCAGUCCCAGUUCUGAGCAGACACCACUCUUUGCUCUGAAAAUGAGUGGUUUAAAACACAAUGGGAGCCAUUUUUUGUGCUUCUUAAUGCUGUAGAUGUGAUGCCAGGCACACAGAGAGCAGGCUUUGGUCACCAGGGGAAACCAUUCUGCUUCCCAACUUGACAUUCUGGAAUACAGACUUGAUUCUGAUGAUGAUGAAUCCCUAAAAAUUCAAGAAGUGUGAGAUGUGUGAGAAGGAGAUGAAAAAAUGGCACAUUGUGUUUUCUCUGUGCAUGCAAAAGCAGGUGACCACUUGUGCUUCCUUCUGCUGGCUUGGGUUUUGAAGCUCCUUGGUAUGUAAGUGAGGAAAGAAUCCAUUUUUAGGGUUUAUGGGGCUGAAAUUGUUCUGCAUGAAUCCAGGACUUAAAAAAAUGUCCAGGCACAACAUUGCUAAAGAGAAGUGUUAGAGGCUUUUUCAUGAGUGCUGGUAGUGAGCAUGCUGUAAAGGACUGGGUUUGAAAUACACUCACAGCAUAAUAAUUAGUAAUUCUCUCUGAAAGAGAAGUGAAUGGGUUUUAAAAUUGAAAAUUAAAAAUAAAAAUGGAAGAAAGGUAAAAUAAAGCACUUAAGCUGUAAAGAACACUUCCCCUUACCUGCCCCAAUCUAUCAUGAAAUGCAGUGAGCUGGACAGAAAAGCUGUUUUGUGUUGCUUAGUUCAUUCAGAAUCCAUCUUUACUUCGGGUUGAGAUUGCUCUAAAUCAGACACUGUUAGUGAAUUUAAGCCACCAAAACCCAGUGGCAAACAAUGUCUGUGUGGGGACAGCUUUUUGUGACGUUUCUCCUCAGCUUCACCCUGCUGCUGGAGUGUGGGGAUGAGGGGCUGGGGUGGGGAGUUGACCUCUGGGAGAUGCUCCUGGAGACACAGACCCAGUUCUUGGAGUUUUAGACACUUGAAAACUUUGCACCAGCCAAUUUCCUCCUGUCGUGUUCUUGCCCACUGUUCAGGCAUGCUCAGCAUAAAAUCCAAUCUCACCGAGGGGAAACAAAAUCAAGCAGCUGGGUUUUGCUUUUCUUUGCUGUUAGGAGCUGAGAGUUUUUAAAGCCCAUUUGGUUUUCUCUCCCUGUCAGAAGUUGAUUUGUACUGUAAGUGGCCUCUGUUGCAAGCAUCCUGUACUCCCUGUCCCCCUGUACAUAUGUAAACAUAGCAGUGUACAAUUCUUCAGUGUGGAGUAGAGAAAUAGAGGUCGUGUGGCCAUCUGCCUGUACAGGUUAUGGACAUCCAGCAAAAUGCAAACUGCUCAUAAAAUGACACGCCAUGUUAUUGGGUUUGUACCUUUCAAUAUAGUUUCCAUUUUAUUUAUUUCUGUUAACAUAAUCUAGUUUUUGUGCUGUAACUUAGCAUCCAAUAAGCAAUGUAUAGAUGUGAUUUGAUUGGCAAUAUGUAUUUACUUUAACUUGUAUUUCAAAAGCAUUACUUACUCAUUUAGAUUAUAUAUUGUGCAAUUGUAGAUGGCCUCUUACUAAUGUAAAAUGAUUUGUAGUGGAAACAUUUAUAUUUUUAUAAUAAACAUAAUGAAAGUAUUUUUUACAUACUGAAAUACUGAGGUGAUUGCUUGGAGGACAAAGUAAAUUUAUUUGAUUAGUGUGAUAAAAUUGUAAUUAAAUAUGGAUAAAUUCUGAGUGUUAAAGCAUGGGUCUGGAGUGAAAGCUAGAUAUUACCUAUAUUAUCUAUUGAAAGAAACAAGCAGUGCAGGUUUUAACUAAACAGACCAGCAUUUGUGCAAAACUGACUUACAUCAGUCAAAGACUUUACUUUCUCCAUGGAUACUGGAAAACAUCAUCUUCUACAGCCUGCCUAUGGGAUAUUGAAAAAAGCUGUCACUUAUUUUAUUUUUGUGUCAAGUAUUUCCAAACUUUUGCUUUCUUUCCUCCCUCACCAGUGGACCUAUUUUCAUCUUAUUAAUAUGUUGAAUCCAGUCAAAGAUGUACUUUUCAACAAAAUAAAAUAGCCCACCACGUACUGUAACUUCACCCCAUGAUCAUUUCUUGCCUCUGAGUACCUGUAUUAGAUAAUAUUUUGCCCCUGUUUUGUUAUGUCCCUGCCAUGUUGUUUCUGUGUGCUUCACCCAAGUACAGGGUCUUUGGAAAUGCCAACAUACACAACUCAGGAAUCCUCUUCCUAGGAAAAUAGGAAUGGUUUUGAUGCUUGCCAGUUUCUUGAAUUUUGCAGGUUCUUUCUGUACCAUAACUGAUUUUGCAUGCUUUUGUAUACUACUCUGCUUACUGGUGCAAAACAAUGAAUGAUAUACCUGUCCUGGAGUCUGUAAGUUGAUAAAAUUUAUGAAUGUG